AUGUCCUGGCGGUGCUCCUGCAGCCUGGGGCUGGUUUACCCCAGUAAACCCUGCACGAUGCCGCCCCUCACCUUCCAGGACCUGCCCCUCAACAUCUACAUGGUCAUUUUCGGCACCGGCAUCUUCAUCUUCGUGCUCAGCCUCAUCUUCUGCUGCUACUUCAUCAGCAAACUGCGGCACCAGGCGCAGAGCGAGCGCUUCGGGUACAAGGAGGUGGUUUUGAAGGGCGAUGCCCGGAGGCUGAACGUGCACGGGCCGUUCACCAUCGCUCCCGUGGUUGUCACCUCCCACAGCAGACCUGCGCGUGUGGUCCUGGAGGAUUUUAGGCCAAGGAGGAGCUUGGGGGUGCUGCGUGCAGACGCUUCCACAUGGAAGUGGUGCCUGGUGAAGUGGCUGGAGGUGCGCUGCGUGUGCCCCAUGUGCAACAAGCCCAUGGCUGGUCCGGCACAGCCCCGUGCUGGCAUCGGGACCCUCCUGGACGAGCUGGUGUGA